AAACCCAGUUGGGAUAGAGAGAGGGAUAGUCUCACACUUCCUUUUCUUUCCACCCUUCUCCACCCUCCUCCUCCUCCUUUCAUCUCAUAGAAACACCAGUGAAAGUGAGAGAGGUUCCACAAAAUGAGGAAGCCAGAUGCCACUCCAGGAAAGAACAACAACAACAAUAAGCUGAGAAAGGGGCUUUGGUCGCCUGAGGAAGAUGACAAGCUGAUGAACUACAUGAUGAACAAUGGCCAAGGUUGCUGGAGUGAUGUUGCCAGAAAUGCUGGCCUGCAGAGGUGUGGGAAGAGCUGCCGCCUCAGGUGGAUCAAUUACCUUAGACCUGACCUCAAGAGGGGUGCAUUCUCUCCUCAGGAAGAAGAGCUCAUCAUCCAUUUGCAUUCCCUUCUUGGCAAUAGGUGGUCACAGAUAGCAGCUCGUCUGCCAGGGAGGACAGACAACGAGAUCAAGAACUUCUGGAACUCGACCAUCAAGAAGAGAAUAAAGAACAUGUCCUCCUCGACCACAACGUCGCCCAACACGAGCGACUCGUCGUCCGAGCUGCCGAGCAAAGACAGUGGAGGGCUGGUGGGCGCGGGCGGUUUCAUGUCGCCCAUGUUCAUGGACGUGGUCGUGCCAUCCCUGACGUCGACAAACUCAUCCACCUCGUCAUCGUCCAUGGCUCUGAACGCUGGCAACCACAUGAUCGACUCGUUGCAGAUCCACAUCGACCACCAUCAUCAGGGUCUGAUGAACAUGUAUGGUGGUGCGAACGGGUACUUCGGUGGUGUUGGUCAGAACGAGAUGCCUGCUCUCAGUUUCGGAGGGGAUCGGAUGAUCGGUUCGUAUGGGUUAGGGCAAGGGGGGAUGUUUGCAGGAGGAGGAGGACUUGCUAGUGGGAUGGAUAAGGAGCUUCAAGUCCCACCAUUGGAGAGCAUAAGCAUGGAGGAGAAUAAUGGUCCCAAUAACAACAUAGUCAUAAGUAGCAACUUGAACAAUAAGUACCCUUUUGUGAAUAGUAACAACAUUAAGGGGGAGAGUAACCACCACAACAACAAUAAUCAUCAUCAUAGUAACAACUUGGGAGGAGGAGGAGGGGUGAAUAACACUAAUAAUCUUGGCAACUUUUGGCAAGGAGAAGACCAACUCAAAGUUGGGGAGUGGGAUUUCGAGGAGCUCAUGAAAGAUGUUUCCUCCUUCCCCUUUCUUGACUUCCAAGUCGAAUAGUACAUCAAAAUAAGCAAGAAGAACAAGAAGAAGAAGACAAAGACCAGCUUAAGGUUGGGUGGGGCGGCUUGUAGAGUAUCCACGUACAAUUCCUUUCGAAUUACAAUUGUUUUUUUCUUUCGAGGUAUACAUAUAUUCUUAAUCGUCUCUUGUCUUUCUCUAGAAAUAUAGGAAAAGAGGCAAAGUUUUCUUUCUUUCUUUCUUGUGUAUAGUUGAGUCGUCAGAAGAUGAAAGUAAGUACUAGAUACCAAACUUUUGUUAAGGUUGUUGUAAUAAUGAUGUCGAUGGAGGUAGCACAAUGUUGUUGGUGACAUGGUACAUAUAAUCUUCAACGUUUGUGUUGUUGGUAGAAGAAUCUUGGAUGGAGAUUUGUGAAGACUUCGUGGGGGAGAGAAUAAUUAGGUUGGUUAUUGUUAGGUUCAUAUAAAGAUGUAUCAUGUGGAAAAUCGAUCAUAUGUACAAAACGUGACAAUUUUAC